UUGCCGUCCCCCGCCCCGCCCGCCCUCUUGCCCCGGCCCGUUGCACGGGAGCGCGGCCCGGCCCGAGGAUGCGGGAAGGGCCGGCGCUGCCCGCCGCCCCCGGCGCCGCCCCGGUGCCCGGCUUCUUGGCCAAGCUCUGGGCGUUGGUGGAGGACCCGCAGAGCGACGACGUCAUCUGCUGGAGCAGGAAUGGUGAGAACUUCUGCAUUCUGGAUGAGCAGAGGUUUGCCAAGGAGCUACUCCCCAAGUACUUCAAACACAACAAUAUCUCCAGCUUCAUACGACAGCUUAACAUGUAUGGUUUCAGGAAGGUGAUUGCUCUGGAAAAUGGUAUGAUUACAGCAGACAAAAGCUCAAUCAUUGAGUUCCAGCACCCUUUCUUCAAGCAAGGGAAGGCACAUUUACUGGAAAACAUCAAGCGCAAGGUAUCUGCAGUAAGAACUGAGGAUCUCAAGGUCUGCACAGAGGAUUUGCACAAAGUACUCUCUGAAGUCCAGGAAAUGAGAGAGCAGCAGAACAACAUGGAUGUCAGGCUGGCUAACAUGAGGAGAGAAAAUAAGGCCCUGUGGAAAGAAGUGGCAGUUCUAAGGCAGAAGCACAGUCAACAACAGAAGCUGCUGUCUAAGAUUCUUCAAUUUAUACUAAGUUUGAUGCGAGGAAAUUAUAUUGUUGGGGUCAAAAGGAAAAGGUCUCUAACGGAUGCUGCAGGUGCUUCACCUUCCAAAUACAGCCGUCAGUAUGUUCGCAUCCCUGUGGAGAGUGGCCAAGCAAUGGCUUUUUCUGAACAUAACGCAGAUGAUGAGGAUGGAAAUGGUACAGGUCUCAUCAUUCGAGAUAUCACUGACACCCUGGAAAAUGCCACCGAUGGUCUCCUUGCUGUAGCACACACAAGUGGCAGAGGCAGAGAGACGCAGGCAGCUCUGGAUCCUGGCUUACCUAUUUGCCAAGUAUCACAGCCAAGUGAGUUAAGUUGUGCAGAACCUAUCCCACCAGUUCAUAUAAAUGAUGUCAGUAAAUCCAGUGAAAUGGAAAAUGCUGCUGUGGAACUCCAUACCGCGCAGCCUAAUGCUCCAGAGGACCCUGUGUCAGUGAUUGACUCCAUCUUGAACGAGAACAACUCUGGAAACCAAAAUGAUCCUUUACUGGACAGGGAAGAAAUUCAGGAUUUUCUUAAUUGCAUUGAUGCCAGCCUUGAAGAACUUCAAGCAAUGUUAUCUGGGAAGCAGUAUAACUUUGGUUCUGAAGCUUUCAGCGAUACACUUAAUCCUGAGCUGCCAGCCCUGGAUAUGAACUUGAUGGAAACUUCCCCUGGCAUGGAAAAUAUUGCAAACUUGGCAGAGAGCACCGAAGAUCUGGGAGCGAGUGAGAGAGAAACUGCAGGAAGCAAAGAUAUGCAGCUGAUACAGUACAGGGCCAACCCUCUGCUUUCAUUAUUUGAAGAACUACCUUCGAGCGAAGCUGCAGGGAAGACAGAGGAUCCAAAAGACCUUCUGCUGCCCCCCCUGGAGGAGAAACCUGCUCUUCAUCCUCCGUCGGAUGGUGAAAGUGUCUUGCCACUAGCAGCUCCAGCAAGCCAGGCUGAGCCGCUGGAUGCUCUGGGAAUGGGUGAUCCACCUCUCCUCUCGGAAGAUGGGAAUGGAGAGUAUAAACUGUUUCCACUCUUGCUCCUCAGCCCUGUUGCUAACUUCAUAGAAGAGGCCUCUGAGAUAGAAACGUCUUGAACUCACGUGACAUCUGUAACUGGCUUAGUGGUGUGAAAUAGAUAACGAAGAAAUGGAUCGGCGAGAAGUUUGACCUCUCUCCUCACCUGCUUCCCGGGUGUCGUAUUCUGUAUAGAAAAAAGAAAGUUCUCUUUCUAGAAGCAAAGAGCACAUCUGGAAAAACUGAAAACAAGCUCAAAACAAGAGCUGGUGGGAGUGAAGGCACUGGGCGGAGGGGAAGAAUAACCUCCCUGAAAACAUACCACAGCGUAUUCCGUAACUUUUUAUCCAGUAUCCUUAUUGCAAAAGGAAAUCUGUUUGUAUCCUGUUUGUAAAGUUUGGCUGGGGUUUUUUGUUGUGUUUUUAUUAUUAUUAUUAUUAGCUGGGUAGUAAUGUAGCGUGUAAUAUUUUAAACAUGGGUUUUACACUUUCUGAGAGCCUGUGUCAAUAGGUGGCUUGUCAGUUGUUUGGAAGUAAGUUUUUAUUUUUUUUAUUUUUUUUUUAAAUUUGGUUUUAAUUUGAGAUUUCUUUUUUAAUAGUUUGUGGCUACAAUUGUUUGCAUCUGCUUAGAUCACUUUCGUACUCCUAGAUUUGCUCCUAGGUACAGGGAACAUUUUUCCUAUGGAAAAUUACAUUUUAACUGUGGAAUAUUACUUCUUAACAUGCUAACACGCAUCCAUUGCCACGGAUUGUAGGUGUUGUGGUAGGAAGUGCUUGCCACCUUGCGUAACGCUGAGUUCUCAUGCACAUUGCAUGGCAGUUCUUCUAGGGUAACUUGCACCUAGCUCACAAGUUAUGUGUCCUCAGAAAUUUUGAGUAGAACUGAUUCACGUCUAGCAAAGUUCAGCGGCUGCCCUUAAAAUAAGAGUGGGGGGGGGGAAAGAAAGGAGUCACGGGGUAACUUGCAUUGACGUUGGACAUUACAUUAAGAUUUCUUUUCUGCUUGGAGCAGCUACUACUUUUUCUCUUCUCCUACUUUUCUCUUCUGCUUGCAGCACCUGCCUGACCCUGUAUGUACCCUAUAUUGACUUCUUCCUGCAUUUUCUGCUUGUGGAAUCUUAAAGCUAAAUUAACUAGAUGCAUUUGAAUCCUUUGAGAGCGAACUACAAAAAAUGGUGCCUGCCUUAUCAAAAAACCUUUCCCCAAAAUUCCUUUCUACGCUGUUUUCCUAACUUCUUUGAGCAGCUGUAACGUAGACGUCAGCCCCUGGUGUCAGUGGAACAGCAAGUUCUGCUUCGCUGAUACCAACUCUUCUAACAGUCUACCAGUAGCCCACACAAGCCUGAAAUUUGCUGUAGUGAUACAAAACUGUUGGGGUUAGAAGAGGCCUGGAGACAGGCAGAAAACCCAUUGUGUAGUAUCACAUGAUAUUUCCUACCAGCGCAAUUUCUUGUAAAUUUUUGUCGGUUUUAGGAAUUCAGGCUACCUACAGGCUUUGUUCUCUCCAAAGCUUCUGAACUGAUAAGUUUUGAGAUUUUUUUUUUUUUUUAUAUUAAAGAAUCCAAGUAAAUCUGACAUUCUGAAGCCUCCUAGGUAAUGCACGUUAUCUAUGCUGGCCUUGCUUAAUUGGAUUUGUGCUUCCUUGGCCAAUCUUUUGAGUUGGAGAGGAGGGUCUUGCUACUCUGUGUGUGUGUGUAUGUGCAAUGCUCUCACUGUGUCAUUUUAUUCCCAUGCUUCUGUAACUGUCCUUAACCUCGUGGCCCUUUAUAUUUGGAUCCUUUGAAUUGCCUUUUGUCAAGUAUGUCUUAUUCUAGCCGUUUCUAGUCUGUCUUUUGCUUGUUUCUUGAGACAAAGAGUUGAAUAGUCGCAAGUUUUUGUGAGCUAAAGGGAGAGAGGGAAAUGAGUGAAUUGUGUAUCUGUCUUGGGUUCUGCUUUUUUUUUUUUUUUCAUUUCUUCCCAAAGGCCUCAAUUUUGCCAAGAGUGAAACAGUAAAAACACAGACUUUUCUCCUGUGCUGUUUUGACGGCACAGCGCGGACAGCGAGGUUCUUUGAGUGGCGGAUCUUCUGUAACUCUGACUUCCUGAACAGGUUAGACCGAAGUGUAGUUCCUGUUAUGGAUGGCUGUCAUGUUCUUCCAUCAUGGAGUCCUCUGAUCUCAGCGCAUCUCACCAUCAGAUAUUUGAUCUGAUUGCGUAAUAGUUUUUUAAUACACUUUCUCUCUUCCGAAGUUAAGAAACCAAGGCUUGAGAAAACUGCAAAUAAAAACUUGUGCAUCUGUGUCUGGUGUAUGUGCUGGUCUAGGAAAAGUGUUUGUUUAUGCAAGUUUCCUAAGAAAGAUUGCAAAGGAAAGGGGAAGGCUGAAGAGCAAGAAAAACCCACAUGCUGAAGUAAUUAAACUCAAAAUUGCAAAACCA